GUGCAACAGCAGCAGUCGCGUACGUCGUACUGUAGCCGGCCAGUUACUUCGGCACCGCUCUUGUACAAGGUGUAUUCGCCACGCGUCGUAGUCGUCGUCCGGUCGUCAUCGCCGUCCACCACCUCUUCGCCCACCGUUGACGAUCAUCUCGCGUUUUCUGGCCAACGCAGCGCCCGCGAAACGGACCACUUUUAUCAUCGAACCGUAUGGUUUGGUCAUACUAACGUCGUCUAUGUACACAGAAAACACAACAACCCGGAGCUAUGAUCAAUUCUAUUAUUAUUGUGUGUGCCAAGAAAUCUAGUUCUAAUAGAGAAAUCCAUCAUUAUAAUGUUGAAAUAAUGCAUAAGCGGUAGCAAACAUUGUUUUAGGGAUGGCUGCAUUCAUCGGGAUCGGCGUACUGAGGCAUAUGUUAUACCGUCUGAUAUUUUGGGCAGCUAUAUUAUUAUGCCUCACACAAUUGUUGAUAACGUUAUGGAAAUCAGACCGGCCGAUGGCAAUGAAGUCAAGCAAUAUCAAUACCAGGAUGAUCCUGCAGAAUAUGAUUGACUUUCAUAUCGCGCGGACCACAACGCCGCCAUACGAGAGCCUGUUAACCGUCGAGCCGUGGGUGGAUAAAAUAUCGGUGCAAUCGGAACAGCUAAUUAUGGAUCAAGUACAAAAACGGUUGCCCAAUCUACCGGUGUCGUAUUGGAACCAGAAUAAAAACAAAGCAAUGUACUACAAAAACGAGAGUUGCGCUAAGUUUCCAAGCAUAUACGAAUUGGAAUUUAACAACGUGUACUGGCAAUCGCUGCAGACUUCCAACGGAUCGUUUCACCUGUACAGUGCUUAUUACGACGUGCGAAAGCUGAGUAGGAUCGGACCGGCGGUCCGGAUACUGGGCAUGAUCAACCGUAUUGAGCCGACGGUCAAGACUCACUGUCAGUUUUGGUUCGACGACUACAAGCAGCCGGUUAUUGUAAAAAUCAUGGAAUACAAAUACAUAUGGUAUAAGAAAUGGGGCAACUAUAAGCAGGGAAUAUUCCAGCCUUACCUUAUCGCAUGUCAGAUACCCAAGUCCCACCACCACGUCGUACCCGCGUCCGUGUCACUGGUGGAGAACGUGUGCGACAAGGCCACAAACAAUUUGCGUGUGGUGUAUAACCGGCCAGCAAAGAAGAAGGGUUUCGCGGUAUGCGUCAAAGGGCUGGACUUUCUGUACGAAGACCUGUCAGUGCGGCUGGUCGAGUGGAUCGAGCUGCUGCACAUCCUGGGUGCGGACAAGAUAUUUUUUUAUCAGCUUCAAGUACACCCGAACAUUAGCAAGGUGCUCGACCACUACGAGUCUGUGGGCCGCGUGCACGUGACACCGCUGACGUUGCCCGGCGGCCAGCCAAAUGUUCCGGGAUUCCAACACCUGUACCUGACCAAAAAGGUAAACCACAAACGGCAAAACGAACUGAUACCGUAUAAUGAUUGCCUAUACCGGAACCUCUAUUCGUACGACUAUAUAGCACUAUUGGAUAUCGACGAAGUGAUAAUGCCAUUACGGACCAGGACGUGGAAGGAGCUCAUGGACACGGUGAUGGUGAAGGCUCUGGCGGCAAGAAACGAAACCCGCGCUUCGUACAAUGUCCGAAACGUUUAUUUCCUGGACGAUCUGAUCCACACGCACGGUUGGUUCAAGACCAUGCCCAAGUACAUGCACAUGUUACAGCACGUGUACAGGAGCAAGAACUACACGAAACCAAAUCAGUAUGUGAAAUGUUUUCACAACCCCGAAAGAGCGUUAACGCUGCACAAUCAUUUCCCGUUGGCGUGCCUAAGCCAGGGCUGCACCUCGUACGCCAUGGAUACGGCGGACGCACAUCUACAACAUUAUCGGGCUGACUGCGUAAAGACGCUGAAGAAGACAUGCACGGAGUUUAGACAGAACAGCGUGAUCGACACGACUAUCUGGAGGUACAAAAAAGAUCUCAUAUCCAGAGUGUCGAACACGUUGUCAUCACUGGGUUUUUUCCCUGCCAUAUGACAAAACCACGAUUUAAAAAAAAAAAAAAAUCUAUAACACCGUUAUUAAUAGAUGAUAAUCAUUAGACUAUUUUUGUAUAAAAUAGAUAUUUGAAAAAUCGUUCCUGUACGUGCGAUGACAUUUCAUGAUAUUGUAUAGAUUAUUCCGCGCGCGUCUUACCUGUAGAUAAUAUCUUAAAUUAUUGUGUAUUAUUAUUAAAAUAUAAAGUACCAUAUACAUAUUUCCAAGUGGAUAACAAUCAAAACGUGAAUGCUCAUUCAUCGACUAGGCACUAAAUAAAUCUGCAUACGCUGCAAAAAGACUGGAUCCUAUUAUGCGAGUGCAGUCUCGCCAAAUUCCGAAUUGUAUACACUAUACGAGACUAUACUUUUAAAUUAUUCGAAAAUAAACUCUAUACUAUUAUAUUUUUCUAUAAUGAACGUUAAUUUUAUCAGUUAUUUUCGAAUAUUAGAAUUUAUACGUUUCAUACGUCAAAAGAGCGUCGACCAAAAUUUAAAGUUCCAAAACAACAAAUAGUUUCAAGACAUUAAUAUAAGUAGGUACCUACUACCUACUUCGUACUUUUUUGAAGAUUUAUAUUUCUUCAAAUCAUAUAAUAUUUAGAGUUUACAGUUUUUGAGAUCACAAACUGUUCAUGUAUUUUUAAAGUAAUUAUAUUAUGUUUAUGCCAACUAUUAAUAGGUACAUUUUACAGUUUAGUAUAUCCUUGUACAGGUUUAGUACACAAGACAUUUUAUUGAUAUUUGCCAAAUUAUUGAUUUCAAAAGUGUAUUUUUUUUUUUUACUAU